GGGUAAAGGUCAUCCCGGUAAGCUCCGGUUCCCGACAGCCGCUCGUGGAGCAAUAAUCGCUCACCUGUGGAUAUGUAUCAAGGUGUAACGAUGGCCGCCAACCACGGAGCUGCGUCUUACGAGUCCGGUUUCCUCCAUAACUCGACUUCUCCGGUGUACGUGACACCCACACGGGUGACUCCGAUGAUCCAGGCCCUCCCGUACCUACAGGCGCCCCAGCAGAGCAGCCCGGCGUCUGGACACUCUGGAUGGGCACAGCCGGGCGUGGAAACCACCUCCUAUAACUCAAGCACCGGGCACCAUCAUUCUCCGGUGUCCAGAUUCACUUUCUCCACCAGUCCUCCGUUAACUUCAGGCCGGGAUACCGCAACUUAUACAAGCCGGGAGCAUUUCGGGUCUCGGGCUCUUAGCGGCUCUUAUCACAGCGGUUACCCGGCCUAUGUGAGCCCUAAUAUCGGAGCCUCUUGGACGGCUUCGCACUUCGACAGCUCCGUACUGCACAGCCUCCAGACCGGAGGAGCGGCCGCUGCUAGACACCCCAAUUUAGAGUUUUUUGAUGAUCUGGGCGAGGGCCGGGAGUGUGUGAACUGCGGGGCGAUGUCGACUCCUCUGUGGCGGCGGGACGGCACCGGUCAUUACCUGUGCAAUGCCUGUGGACUCUACCAUAAGAUGAACGGCAUCAACCGGCCGCUGGUCAAACCACAGAGACGACUGUCUGCGUCCAGGCGGGUGGGUUUAUCCUGCACAAACUGUCAGACUACCACAACAACUCUUUGGAGACGCAAUGCAGAAGGAGAGCCAGUCUGCAACGCCUGUGGACUCUACAUGAAGCUCCACGGGGUUCCUCGUCCUCUCGCCAUGAAGAAAGAGGGCAUUCAGACACGAAAGCGCAAACCCAAAAACAUCAGCAAAACCAAACCCGGCUCCUCUGAAGGUCAGUCGGCGAUCAGCGCUGUGAACUCCAGUCCAACAGAAGAGACGCGACCCAUCAAGACUGAACCAGACACAACACCGCUCUACACACACCACAACAUACACACACAGGUAUCUGCGUUUCCAGCAUAUAUGGGCUCUCCAAGCGGAUCCUCCAGCACCAAGAGUGAAGUGUGGAACAGCCUGAUUCUGGCAUAAACGCACACACA